UUUGUUGAGAUGAUGAAGUCUGAGGUGGAUUCUGAUCAUUUUGCUUAUGGUGCAGUUCUUCACGCUUGUUCAGGUUUAGCCUGUUUAGGACAUGGGAAAAUGAUCCAUGGUUGUUUGAUUCAUCGAGGCUUUCAAGGUUAUGCUUAUGUUGGUAACGCCUUGGUUAAUUUGUAUGCCAAGUGUGGUGAUAUUAAGGAAUCAAACCGCGCAUUUGGGGAUAUAGCUGACAAAGAUUUGGUAUCUUGGAACACAAUGCUUUUCGCGUUUGGUGUCCACGGGUUAGCAGAUCAAGCUCUAAAGCUCUAUGACAGCAUGAUAGCGUCAGGGAUUAAACCAGACAAGGUAACGUUCAUUGGAUUGCUGACAACUUGCAGCCAUUCAGGCCUUGUAGAGGAAGGUUGCUCAAUUUUUGAAUCUAUGGUUAGAGAUUAUGGAAUCCCUUUGGAAGUAGAUCAUGUAACAUGUAUGAUAGAUAUGUUUGGGAGAGGUGGAUAUCUAGAAGAAGCAAAGGACUUGGCUACAACUUACAAUUCACUUAUCACUAAAGCUAGUAAUAGUAGUUCAUGGGAAGCUCUUUUGGGUGCUUGUUCUACACAUUGGCACACAGAAUUAGGCAGAGAAGUUAGCAAAGUUCUAAAGAUAGCAGAACCAAGUGAAGAGAUGAGUUUUGUUCUGUUAUCCAACUUGUACUGCUCAAGUGGGCGGUGGAAGGAAGCAGAAGAUGUAAGGAGAGAAAUGGUUGAGCGAGGUAUGAAGAAAACACCGGGAUGUAGCUGGAUCGAAGUAGGAAACCAGGUCUCAACUUUUCUAGUUGGUGACUCUACGCACCCUCGCUUGGAGGAGCUUUCUGAAACUUUAAACUCCAUUCAAAGUGAAAUGAGAAACCCAGAGACGUUUUGGAACUUGUGGAUUUAGUGCUAUAGACAAUGAGAAAUAUGUAGAAAAAGCAAAAAAAAAAUAACCAUUCACACACAUUAUUGUAUAAGUAAUAAGCAAAUGUCUACUUAGAAACUAGUUCAUGUUGCUUAGGUCAAAAUAUCUUGACAAGGAA